AUGGAAUUGCCGAGGAGGUUUGUGAGGGUCGGUAAGGAGAUGGGACGGCAUAAGGAAGGGGAGUUAAUAAAUUACUAUGUGGAUGUGGAUAUUAGUGGCGCAGGUUAUCGAUGGCCUUUAGGGGGUUACUUUUGUAUUCUUACGCAACAUCGUUUCGGUGGUAUGCACAUCUCUGUUUCUGUAUUGUUGUACAGUACCGUGAAAGUCUACUACGCGAGAAGGAGACAGGUAGUCGUCGCGUAUGACUUCUACGCUGCUUGCGUUGCUCUAAAAUUGAUCCUUCACCGACCUUGCGAAUAUGUCUCUUGUCUCUUGUCUCUUCCGCUUCGCUUGACUUUCUCCCGGUGCUUCCUACUCUUUACUGUCUCUUCCACUCCGCUUCGCCUUCUCCCACGAGCUGAUUCCGUGCUGGCAUCCUGGAUCGGAAGAUCGCUUCGCGUUUGCGGUCUGUACGGCUGCCGGCGAGAGUCAAGGUGGUGUGGGAGGUUCUGGGAGGUUCUGGGAGAAGUCAUGGAUGAGACAAUGGCACACUCACACUUGCCGCAUGUGAAGGAUAGCAAGAGUGAAGAGGGAAAUGUGACAGAGAUUGUGGAAGACGUCAAGCCAUGUCAGCGAGGUGGCCGAGCCGGGCGCGAAGACGUGAUGCGCGACGAUGACUUUGCGGAUCCCACCGAAGAAUGGUUUGAGUAUGGGCAUGGGUUGUUCAGUAAGCACGAACGUGUCCGAAGAAUGUCUUGGGAGGCAGAAUGGACAAGCACAAAGCGAACUGGACUCGCCUCGCCGACGCCAACAGCUUCGUACUACUCAACUACUCUCCUCCACCUCCUCCACCUCCUCCGCCAUACACAGCCAGCACAUGCAGUGCCAGUUGCAGAGGCAGAGGCAGAGGCGGACCGCUUCCAUGUCGACUUCUCCCAAUGUCGACAGCAUCGCCAUAGACGAUUGAAUCUUGUGGAGGAGCCGGCCAAGAAUACAGUACGGCAACCCAGUCACUACAUCGGCCUCCGUCUCAUUUCACAUCGAAAUGGCGUCGUCCGCGCACACACCCGACAAGGCAACAUGCAUGCGGCCCAUGCUACCGUUACGCUGCCCCGAGACAAUUCAUGCGAGAAGCAAGUAAUGCGGGCACCAAAGAAAUACUUCAUGCUGGAAGCAAGGAGAUUUCCCCUCAAUCGCUACCUUCGUCUACUCAAUCUUGUCGGCUCCAAACCACGCCAUACGCAUCUUCGUCCCGUCCCUACGACAGCCAACCUCAUUGCCACGCAUUCCAAGAAAAUGGCCAUCAACUCAACUGCACCUCCACCUACUACGACUGCUCCCGUCCGGUCGACUUCAGCCAUUCCCAUCCCGACUCGGGACAUUCUGCCCAUCAGGCAGCCAACGCCCACUGGGCCGAUCAAGAUCACUAGCGUGGCGAGCGCUUCAUCUUCCAUCACGAGGACCAAGUGUAAAAUGAACAAUCCGGCGUCUCCGAAAUUCUGGGCCUGCAUACGUCACUUGGGUGCUUGUGUGCGUAUGCGCGUGUGCGGGAGUGGUGGAGGAGGAAGUCUCGGGUUUGUUCGAUGCUAUGUGAUACGUGAUGACGCGAACGGCGGUGGGCAUGACGGCUGUGAGGCACGUACGAACUGCUUUCGCCCCUUCGCCCUCGUCUCUGGAUAUGACGGCACUUUACCUGGCAACUUACUAACGGUCCGCCGAGAUACCUCGAACGACUUCACAACCUUGACGACACGCCAUUCCGAUUCUCUGACGACGACUGGGCUCUGCGAGAACUUCACUAAUGAAAUUGGCAAUGUUCGACAUUUUGCAUUCCAAUUCUUCUCCAUCCUGGGACUCCCGCCAUCUCAGCCUCAGCCGUUCAGCGAUGCUGAGGCUUCUCGCAGCUGGGGCUUCUCGCAGCGAGAGGACAUGCUCUGGUUACGGCGGACGAUGAGUUCGAAUUCUUUGCAGUCGAUGAUAUGCAUGCAUACUGUUGGACAAGCUGCUGUGCGAUUCUCUGAUGCCGAGACACUAGAUUGUACCAUCCAACUUGAUGCGCUUCAUCGAUACGCUGCGGCAAAGUCGACGUCCAGCAGGUUUGUAACGCAUGACGAAUGCGACAACUUCCGCACUCACUUCCAUCCGCCUCGCUUUUAUCAACACCGAUGUGCAUUGUUCCUCUCUACUCCUCCACCGUAUCGAGAGCGAUGGGCAAUGGGGCAUACUGAUCUGACGUCCAGAACGGCAGCUUACUACAUCUUUUCGAUACUGGGAGAAGUUGACGAAGUAGGCAGGAUAUACAUCUCGACAACGCAUGAUCAACACUUUCAACCCUACAGGUCGCAAUUCAUCACUGUCCAACCCCCAUACCAGCGACGCAUCCAUUGCCCUCAGCGGACUCCUCAGCAGGCUCAUCGACCAACUCAAGCUCGGGCAUCUAUUCGCUACUGCAUCAUGUCCAAGAACUUCAAAAUCAUCGGCACCGAAGCCGCUCGAGCUGGAUCGCAGCAUCCAUCCUUAACGGCAGGCAAUCCCAACUCAUCCAAAGAAGGUAGGUAUGAUCACUUUCCGCUUAGAACUCUGUUCCUUGGAACAAUAUACCAUGCCAGCUUGGUUGCAUUUGAAAUUCACCUUCGACCGUGCGCAUCAAUUGUGUGGACGUUGACGACUGGGUGCUACCUGGUGUAUGUGUUGGGUAUAUCAACGUGCGGCAUGCUAUCCCGUCUUCUUGGCGCGCCGCGCCGAGCUUUCCCAGAGGCUUCACAUUCUCGUCUUUCUCAUCUCCAACACCGACAUUAUCAUCACCAUCACCUCUACUUCUCCCACUCCACGGCCGACACCUUCGCCAUCGCUAUCCUCUCUGACACGCUCGAUAUGAUCCAUCUAGAGCUAUGCUUGCCGCGCAACUUUGUUCACCUCCGAAACACUUUCUCAUUUCCGGCGCCCUCUCUCCCGUCUCGUCUGACCCGCGCCUGUCCAUUGGUUCAAGAGUAUGAUAUUUGGAAGUCCUGGCGGAGUUUUCCUCAUCCAAGCCAUCCUGCUGGAGCUGGACAGAAAGAUCUCCUGCAGCUCCCUGCCAGAUCACCGCCGGGAAAUCUUUUCCAGGCGCAGUUCGCUGCAGGAGAGUCCAGCGGCAGAGCGCUGCUUCAGAACGUCUGCAUUGAACAUGCGCUCGAACUUCCAAUAGCAGGAAGCUGUCUCUGCGCUACCUGGCGGUUUGCACGCGGAGGGCUGCAUACCUCCGAGGACAGUGUAAGUGUACACGGUAGAAGCACUCUGUCAGGAUGUGCCAGCGCCAGCACAUGUAAGGACAAAUUUCCCUUUUUCGAAGUUUUCUUUUCCUGCGUAGCCAAGCAAGCUCCAUUACCCAUACAGCUCAACCUCCGCAGGCUGACUGGUCACGACGAUGGCGCCAACAAACCCUCAGCCCAGCGCACGAUGCACAAACAAGCAAGCCGAGAGUCGCUUCAGCGAGGAACCCAAGACCGAUCGCGAUCGCAUUGUGAAGCACAGGAAGCCCCAGCGUCUGUUCCGAACCAGGAAAACUCCAUUCAUGGGAAGUACGCCGAACUACUGCAAACCUCCAACUGCAGGGCACUUUGCUUGUUUCCACAGUCCGUUUCGCCGAAGUGCCAGAAGGACAACCAUGGUUUGAAGGCUGCCUUGUUCCAGCGACAUGUGCGCGACCUGGAUAAGAGCAUCGCCAAGAGAGACUCGCGAGGAAGAUUGGACAUCAUGAAGAAGAUGGUUUUGGAUUGUGCCUGCGGCUAUCAUUGCGAAGAAGGGCCCGGCCAUAACACAAGAGAACUGGAUGCCAUGCUGUACCGGAAUUGCAUCGACUUGGGUUUGGAGGUGUCCUGUUCGAUGCCUACAGCUGAUGAUGGCGCAUCAGGCAUUUCUAGCGAGUCCGACGGCAUGACUUUUGGCGCACGGAGCCUUUCUAAUGAGACACCUUUCUCGGGAGCUUCACAAUUAGGCGAUGAAGGGUUGGGCACGGUAUACACUUAUGUGAUAGAGACUUGGCAUAUCAUGCCCCUUCACCAGGUGGUGGUAGUGAUAGGGUGCGCAUGGAAUGCGUUUUAUGUGACGGAAACUUGUUCUCACACCACAAAUCAUGCCUAUUCUACAUCUCAUCGUCAACAAGAACUUCCUCGGCCGAUGUUGGUACUGCUAUACUUGAUCUCGGAGGAGCUAUGCAGGAGCCACCCGGUUCUCAAAAGAUCAGCACCAACAAGCGACCACUUCACCGUCGAGAAGGACUCGUGGUGGUCUCGAUUGGACAUGGACACCGACGGCAAUCCAGUUCUUUCUGGUAAUGGCAGUGCCUCGCUGCCACCAACGACUUCUUUUGGCCCUGAGGCUGUUAAGAAUUCAUGGCCUCGACUCGAUACUAAUGCCAACAACGCCCUCAUGCCGCAUUGUGAUCAAGCUGUCAAGAAUUCAUGGCCUCAAUUCGAUACUAAUGCCAACAGUCUUCCUCUUCCCGCUAAUGGCAGUACCUCGCCACCACUAACGACUUCUUUUGACGCGAAUGUUCGUCGAGCUAAGAACGCCCCCAUGGCGCCGCAUUCUGACCCAGCUCCCAAGAAGUCAUGGCCUCGAUUGUACACCGACGGCGAUCUAACUCUUCCUAGCUAUGGUGGUGCCUCGCUGUCACCAUCUAUCUCUCUUCCUGACGAUGGCAGUACCUCGCUACCACCAACGACUUCCUUUGCUAAUACCUACGCUUUCAUGCAUUCUGCUCAAGCGGUCAACGAGCCAUUCGCUACUACCACCACCUCCACAUUUCAUCACCACCUCCGUUCCCCCUCCCUCCUACUCACGACAAACCCACUUCUCCCGCCAGCAUCAGUAUUUAACCCAGCACCUAUUCUAUCCCAGCUCACCCCCUCCCUUCGCAAACCAUUAUUGCUGCUACCGACGAGAUGGAUUUGGAGCAGAUUCACUAAUAACGGUAACGAUAACGACGAUGUGGGCUGCUUGACCUCGGAGGAGGAGGAGAGUCCGGAGAUAGAUGAAGGGAGUUCAUCUCUCCCUCUCCCUCUGCCCGACAAAGUGGCCGUGCAGCACACCUUCGCUUCUCUCGACCAUCAGGCUUGUUUUAACUUCGCCUUCUCCAUCUACCAGCCUGAUUCAUGUCUCCAUGAUCUGCGUAACGAAGUGACUGCAGGACGGCUGCGCUUCUCUCGACUAUCAGGCUUGUUUCCACUUCGCCCAUUCCAUCCUCGUUUCGAGAUACCGCCACUGCUAUCGGAAAUCUGGCAAGCAGUUUCUGAACGUGGUAUUCUUGCUGGGUUCCACAGCGGCAACUCGACGAAACACGUCUUCACCUGCAAUGUGAGCGACUCCUUGCCAGGAAGAUCACUCAGCAAUAAUAUGGCGUGGGUAAGGCCUGCUGGCUGGAAAUCAAGACCCAACUACAUAGCGUAUGCAAGGACUCCUUGGACUGAAAAUCAAGACCUCACCACAUGGCGUGUGCAAGGACAGCUGACUGCAAAUCGUGGAAGAUUUAUCUACAUGGCGUGUCUUGAUCACGAAAUGGCCGUAGAGCAGCUCAGCAUUAAUGGCUUCGGCAUGUCGACGGAAUUGCGGAUGAUCGUGAAAAGCUCGCGCGACAUUCCCGAAAGCCGGAGCCAAAAGGUCGAUGCCAGUCGCAAUGAACUAUUGGAUUUGAAUUUUCAUAUUCAAGCAGCGGCGUUCGGAUCCAGGGUGUGGCGUGGAUCAGACCGUGUGCGCUCCUGGCUUCGAGUACUGCUCGUAUCAGAGCCCUCGGAUCGCUCAUAUGGUUCUGACGACCCUCGCGGCCUGGCGCUUGAUGGACUCCAGCAGGUCGCCAUCAUUCCGAGAAGCUUAGAUGUCUUGAGGCUUUCUUGCAGCAUGGCUGGGUAUGAUUGUGGCUCUUCCAUGACGAGGACAACGUUGGGCCGCGCGAGGAACAAUGCCUCCAAUGUCUGCUUGUCCACUGACUGUCUAGCUUUGCCCACGCGGCAUUGGACACUUGUAUAUAGGCUUCUGAAUUCUCCGCUCUCACACCAACCUGCUACACAGCCUGUCGCCAAUGUUGUUGGAGCAUUCCCAGAACUCGGAAUUCACAAUUCGGAGGUUUGGGACGUUCGUCCCAUCAUGCAUGAUCAUGAUCCGCGGAGAACUUUGUCCCAGAUGAUAUCGCGCAUCGUGAAGAUGGCUUGCUCAACCUUGCCUUUGGAGAUGAGAAAUCGGGAAGAUUCUGGCACGAAGCACACGAAUGAAAGCUGGAUGGCAGAGGGCGCCAUCCUAGAUGAUCGACAGAAUACGCCAGGACCAGUUGUUGUUGUUGAUGUGCCAUAUGCCGGACGAAGACCAUGCUGCAACGAUCGAGCCUGUGCACAAAAUGGUAGUGAAGAUGGCUCGAUGUUGCGGAUGCACGAGUUCCCAAUGGCGACACUGAAGCCGAGGAGAAAUCUUGCCGCCAUGAACACUGUUGACCCAUGCCAGUGUGCUAUCACUCGGACUAGGCGUCAGCGCGCCUCUGAAGUCUUAAUGAUUUCCCGUGGUAAUGGACGAGAGCAGUCAUACCCAUGCGAGCACCCCACGGAUGGCCGUCUCAUCAUUCUCGAGCCACAUAUGAUGGUCGUGAUCACAGGUCCGGAGCUUGGCGAGCAGUCGCCUGCUUCGAGCGGCGCUACGGAUGGCUGUCUCAUCACUCCUGAGCCACGCAUAAUGGUCGAUCUGGAGUUUGGUGAGAUCGUGGAUGAAAUUCCAGUUCGGAUUGGUUUCGUCCGGAGCUUGGUGCGAGCAGUGGCCUGCUUCAAGCGACGCUACGGAUGGCUGCCUCAAUAUCCUCGAGCUACGCGUCCGGAGCUCGGUGAGAUCGCGGACGACGUUCCAACUCGGAUCAGUUUCGUGAAUCAUCCCGUCCGCCUUUGGGAGGGGGAAAUCUGGGAGCUGGAGGAGCAUGGCUGCCUCAUCAUCCUCGAUCCACGCAUAAUAAUUAUGAUCAAAGGUCCGGAGCUCGGUGAGAUCGCGGCUGGCGUUCCAGUUCGGAUUGCUUUCGUGAAUCAUCCCGUCCGCCUUUGGGAGGGAGAAAUCUGGGAGCUGGAGGAGCAUGGCUGCCCCAUCAUCCUCAAACCACGCAUGAUGAAUGACACUAUCCAGCCGAACUUGACAUCCUCAACUGGACUCAAUCAGCAGGAGAACGUGGGUGUGCAGCGGAAAAAAGCUUUGCAGAUGGCCGAAUACGUGAGGUGGACGUGUCGCAGCGAAUUGGAAGCAGCGUUUACCAGUCUCAGGCGAGGUGUGUGGCACAGAUCUCCGCAGAGGAAAGACGACAGCACGAAUUGCAUUGCAAAAGUGGCUAUUCAGACCAUCUGGCUGUCAUCCUCCAGGUUGCGUCUGCUCGCCUCACCUUGA